AUGGAGCUACACAAAAAGAUGGAAACAGAAAUGUGUGGCUUCAGACACUGCCCCCAUUCUCCUCGGUUUUCAUCUGGACCACAGCUGCAAGAGCUCAUGGGUGUCGAUGUGAUUCGUCAUCUGGGCCUCUCCGGUCACAGAGACACACAGACGUCCGGGACAGAUUACCUCACCUCUCUCGCUUCAUCUCCAACCGUCCUGCCCCCAGGUGUUGGGGUAACCCUCGGACGCGAGUCCCUCAUUGAUUUCCCGUCGCCGGGACUCUUCCCCGCGGGCGUGGAUGAGGAGUUUUCCCUCGUAGUCACUUUACGCUCCUGGCGAGCGAGUAACGCUUUUCUUUUUAGUGUGCGUGAUAACAAGGACAGACUGGAGUUCGGCCUCCAGCUCCUGGGCGGCCGGGUGGUUGUUCACAUGGGCGAGAAAGCCUCGGUCUACUUCAAACACGAGCUGCAGGACGGACAGUGGCACUCUUUCUCCGUCGGGGUUCGGCGUCGCUCCGUAUCAUUCUUCGCUCGCUGCGGAGCCGUGCGGCGCAGCGAGGAGACGUUGACCCGGACGCAGACGCUGGGUUCUGAAGGCCGUGUUUCUGUGGGGAAGAUGGACCCCCGGGCGGUUCAGUUUGAAGGAGCCUUGUGCCAACUGGACAUCUACCCCUGUGCCCAAGCUGCGGCGCAGUACUGUGACUACGUUAAAAAACAGUGCAGACUAUCCGACACGUUCCGAUCCGAGACCUCACCGGCAUCCCCGCACGCUUCUUCAGGAUCACGCCUGUCCACCUUUACACCCUCGCCUCGCUUGAACCGCUUUUCACAGACGUUGCGCUCCCUCACAACGAGGCACCCGGGUCCAUCUCCGAGUCCCCUCAGCGGAUUCCCGAGCUUCACCGCUGAGAUCCCCAUCACUGAGAAGACCCCAGAACAUCAACAAGCUCUCAUGAAGCCCAGAGGAACCGAAGUCACUCCUUAUCCGGUCACCGUCGUCCGGAAGAGACGUUUGAGAAACAAUGUCAAGGAGAAUGCGGUGAAAGUGAACGGCACCGUCCUGUAUCGUGAGGAGAGCAGUUAUAAUGUGCUGGACACGUCCGAGGAGGGCAUGCACGAGACGGGAUACUCCGACGGUUACGGAUAUGACUACGGCUUUGACGAAGACGAAUACUUCUUUGAGUAUGAUGGAUUCAUCGGUCCUAAAGGAGAUCCAGGUCCUCCGGGUCUUCCUGGUCCCCCAGGUUUGCCCGGACCUUCUGGAAAGAGAGGACCACGGGGCCCUCCUGGUCCUCAUGGGAACCCGGGUCUGCCUGGUUUACCCGGCCCCAAGGGAGCAAAAGGAGAUCCAGGACUGUCGCCGGGCCAGGCUCCUGCAGGAGAUCAGGGUGAAAGAGGACGUCCAGGUCCACAGGGUGCUAAGGGUGAACAAGGUGUGAAGGGACCCAAAGGCUAUCCAGGACCAGCGGGUCUGCCCGGAGAACAGGGUGUGCCAGGACUGCCGGGCGUAGCUGGGGCGGCAGGUUACCCUGGCAGGCAGGGUUUGGCAGGACCUGAGGGAAACCCGGGACCUAAAGGUGUUAAUGUACGUACAUAA